CCAGCCAGCCAGCAUCUGAACUGGAAGCAACGGUGGACGAAGGGGUCGGCUGUGUUGGGGUAUAAUUUCAAUAAUUCACAAGCGUAGACGAUGUAUGCAACGGGGCGGUCGUCGAUAUGAACGUGAAGGUGUUUCGUUUGGGCUCGGGAAGCUGAAGCAUACCGCAGCUCGGUCACAUUACAUUACGUUUUUUCCGUUGGGAUAAGCUAUCUGUGAUACACUGGGUGUGCACAGCGCCAAUAACGGAGCGAGCCAACCGGUUAUACCAUCGACAGCUAGCUCGUAAUAACCCCGCUAGCCAACCAUUUUCCAGAGCUUGCGGUGAAGGGAGCAUCUCGGUCGGUGCGGUGAAGUGUCCGCGGAUGCUGCUGAGGGAUACCACUACUACCUGGCGAUAUCCGGCGGUAACAUGCAGACCUGAGGCAUGCGAGGAGGGGUUUUAUUUCUGCAAACGAGCGAGGAAAUCUCCACGCCCUGGGGUCUGGUCUGUGGUUACUAUUUAGCUAGCUCGCUGGCUAGCCGGGAGAGCAGGAGAGCAGCUCGGGAGAAGGUGGGGCCGCGGAGUGACAGCCUCAGCUAAUGUGGCUAGCCGGCUAACUUGGACUCUUCGAGUGGCCGCUGGUGUUCCUGCUUUUAAUUACCAAGAGCCGUGCACAGUAGUAUCUCCCAUUCAUCCUUCAAAAAACCCGUGGUGUGGGAGGAAUAUCUUGUCUAGAGCAUCCUCGUUUACCUGUACACCAUGGCGGACGACGACGUGCUGUUUGAGGAUGUCUACGAGCUGUGUGAGGUGAUUGGAAAGGGUCCCUUCAGCGUGGUGAGACGAUGCAUCAACAGGGACACGGGCCAGCAGUUUGCGGUGAAGAUCGUGGACGUGGCCAGCUUCACCUCCAGCCCUGGCCUCAGCACAGAAGAUCUGAAGCGAGAGGCCAGUAUCUGCCACAUGCUGAAACACCCCCACAUUGUGGAGCUGCUGGAGACCUACAGCUCUGAUGGCAUGCUCUACAUGGUCUUUGAAUUUAUGGAUGGAGCCGACCUGUGUUUUGAAAUUGUGAAGAGAGCUGACGCUGGGUUUGUGUAUAGCGAAGCAGUGGCCAGUCACUACAUGAGGCAGAUUCUGGAGGCACUUCGAUACUGUCACGACAACAAUGUGAUUCACCGUGAUGUAAAGCCCCACUGUGUGCUGCUGGCCUCAAAGGAGAACUCUGCUCCAGUCAAGCUUGGAGGUUUUGGAGUGGCAAUACAGCUGGGAGAGUCUGGCCUUGUUGCUGGAGGUCGAGUCGGUACUCCACACUUCAUGGCUCCAGAAGUAGUCAAGAGGGAGCCGUACGGGAAACCUGUGGACGUGUGGGGAUGUGGAGUCAUUCUCUUCAUCCUCCUUUCUGGCUGUCUGCCUUUCUAUGGUACCAAGGAGCGCCUGUUUGAGGCCAUCAUUAAGGGGAAAUACAAGAUGAACCCAAGGCAGUGGGCCCACAUCUCAGAGAGCGCCAAAGACCUGGUGAGACGCAUGCUGAUGUUGGACCCCGCUGAGAGAAUCACUGUUUACGAGGCCCUCAACCACCCCUGGCUGAAGGAGAGGGACCGGUACGCCUACAAGAUCCACCUGCCAGAAACGGUGGAACAGCUGAGGAAGUUCAAUUCCAGGAGGAAGCUGAAGGGUGCAGUGUUGGCUGCUGUUUCAAGCCACAAGUUCAAUUCCUACUAUGGCGACCCCCCUGAGGAGCUACACGACUUUUCAGAUGACCCCACCUCCUCAGGGGCAGUAUCACAGGUUUUGGACAGUCUAGAGGAGAUUCAUGCGUUGACGGACUGCAGUGAGAAAGACAUGGAUUUCCUCCAUAGUGUCUUCCAAGAUCAGCACCUUCACACUCUGUUAGAUCUUUAUGACAAAAUCAACACCAGGUCGUCUCCUCAGAUCAGAAAUCCUCCUAGUGAUGGAGUGCAGAGAGCAAAAGAGGUACUGGAAACCAUCUCUUGUUACCCAGAGAACAUGGAGGCCAAGGAGCUCAGGAGGAUCCUUACUCAGCCGCACUUCAUGGCUCUGCUGCAGACCCACGAUGUUGUGGCCCACGAGGUAUACAGCGAUGAGGCGCUGAGGGUGACGCCCCCACCCACUUCUCCAUACCUGAACGGAGACUCCCCAGACAGCACCAACGGAGACAUGGACCUGGAGAACGUCACCAGGGUUCGCCUGGUCCAGUUCCAGAAGAACACUGACGAGCCCAUGGGCAUUACUCUGAAAAUGAAUGAGCUCAACCACUGUAUUGUGGCUCGAAUCAUGCAUGGUGGAAUGAUUCAUCGACAAGGGACUCUGCAUGUAGGAGAUGAGAUCAGAGAGAUUAAUGGCAUCAGUGUUGCCAAUCAGACAGUAGAGCAGCUUCAAAAGAUGCUGAGGGAGAUGAGGGGGAGCAUCACCUUCAAAAUUGUACCCUGUUACCGGUCCCAGUCCAUGUCUUGUGAGAAAGAGUCACCGGAUUUGUCCCGACAGUCACCUGCAAACGGUCAUGCCAGUGUUACUAGCUCCAUCCUGGACCUGCCAUCGACGAUUCAGCCCAAAGGCCGUCAGAUUUAUGUACGUGCUCAGUUUGAGUAUGACCCGGCGAAAGAUGACCUCAUCCCAUGUAAGGAGGCAGGCAUUCGCUUCAGGGUGGGCGACAUCAUCCAGAUCAUCUCCAAGGACGACCACAACUGGUGGCAGGGAAAGCUGGAGAAUACCAAGAAUGGGACAGCAGGCCUCAUCCCCUCACCUGAGCUACAGGAGUGGCGUGUGGCAUGCAUAGCGAUGGAGAAGACCAAACAGGAACAACAGGCCAGUUGUACCUGGUUUGGCAAAAAGAAGAAACAGUACAAAGACAAGUACUUGGCCAAGCACAAUGCAGUGUUUGAUCAACUAGACCUGGUAACGUAUGAAGAAGUGGUCAGACUGCCGUCCUUCAAGAGGAAAACACUUGUUUUGCUGGGUGCACAUGGAGUUGGCAGGAGGCACAUCAAGAACACACUCAUUACCAAACAUCCUGACCGCUUUGCCUACCCAAUCCCUCACACAACUCGGCCUCCUAAGAAGGACGAGGAGAAUGGGAAGAACUACUACUUUGUGUCUCAUGACCAGAUGAUGCAGGACAUCAGCAACAAUGACUACCUGGAGUAUGGCAGCCAUGAAGAUGCCAUGUAUGGAACCAGGCUGGAGACUAUCAGGCAGAUCCAUGCCCAGGGCAUGAUCUCCAUUCUGGAUGUUGAGCCACAGGCACUAAAGAUCCUCAGGACAGCUGAGUUUGCUCCCUAUGUUGUCUUCAUCGCAGCUCCCACCAUCACCCCAGGCAUGACUGAGGAUGACUCUCUUCAGCGGCUCCAGAAGGAAUCAGAGAUGCUGCAGCAGACCUACGCUCACUACUUCGACCAGACCAUCAUCAACAAUGAAAUUGACGACACCCUCCGCCUGCUGGAGGAGGCUGUAGACCUGGUGUCCACCACUUCUCAGUGGGUCCCUGUCUCCUGGGUCUACUGACACACACUCAACGGCAUUUAGCUCAUCGCCCUGGACCAUCCAUCUCUGAUCCAACACGGAUGCUAAACUUUGGUCAAAUCCCCUUUGAAUCAUGUCUCUCUCAUCAGAAUCACACAUCUGUAGAUAAACUGUUGCUGAAAAAGAGGGAAAUGAAGAAACUAGUGACUCUGACACUUCAUUACAGAGACUUCAUCCUGCCCCCGCCCCCUUUUUCUCAACAGCCUCAAAGGCAUAUUGUUGUGUACAUAUAUACAUAUAUAUAUAAAUGAUAAAAACUAAGUGAAUAUGGUUCUGUCCUUAUAUAGUUGCAGGGAGGGGAGUGGAGGGGCAGUGUGGUAGAUAUUUUGUACUUUUCUUUUGUAAUUGAUGGAUGGGUGGUAAUAUUGGAAAGGCAAUAGCGAGCAUGACCAUAAAGCAGUCUUAUGUGAGUGUGUGUUGACCUUUUAAGGUACUUCUUGUGGUACUCUGUGUCCUCUCCGACGCCCUCUAAUCUCCUCGGCCCCUGUGACAAACAAGCCGAACUUUGAAGCACAUUAGAAGCUGCUAUAGUGGCGACAAGUAACUCCCUCAGCUCCAAAUGCAAGUUUGAGUGAAGCAAAAAGCACAGGAAACUUGGCAGUUUCUUUCUCCCCAAUUCAUCCCCAGCCCUUUAUUUAUUUCACCGGCCCUCUGUGCCUGUCAGUUUGUUGAAGGAGCACACUGCAUCCCUCUCCGCUGUCGUCCCCCUGUGUUGCUGUAGCCUGUUGUACCCCCGCCUCCCUCCCCCAGCCUCUCUGAUGGUCUUUGUUUACAUCCCAGUUUGCACAAAACUGACAAUGAAGAAGACAUGUACUGCAUCUUGUCACUUCAGUUUUCAUUUUUGUCUUGCCUACUCUCUCUAGCUGUCUAUCCCUCUCCUCCUUACAUGAAAUGCUAAAUCAGUGGUCAGUGGACCUGGAGUAUCAUUCUCGGGGCAUGAUCUGCAAUGAAGAAAGCACUGACUUCCACCACUAAACACGGCUCCUGAACUGAAAGACAAAAAAGAAAAAGAAAAAAAAGAAACACUAAUGGAAAAGGAGAAAUAUAAACUGCCUUAUCAGAGCCUCGGGGAAGAAGUCUGUAACACCUAUGCACACCCCUGGUUUCUCCCAGGCAGGCCGCCACGACAAGUUCUUCUUUCCUCACACUAAUAGUGAGCCGUGCUUGUUAAAAUGAAAGUGUUUAUAGGAAUGUCUGUGUGGGAGGGGAGGGUCUCAUGUAGGUGGGAUGAAUUCAAUCCUAGAGCCAACGUUUUGGAACUGUUAACUGUUGUCUUAAAAAAAUAUUAGGAGUAUUCUUGUUUUGAGGGAGAGAAAAUAACUAAAUUUUGUGUGUAAAUGUUUCAAUGGUGCGUACGUCAUACGAGUGAAUUACCAAGAGCCAGUGUAUAUUAACCCUUAAAAGAAGCUCAGUAUGUGACAUAACCUCUUCAUGCUUUACAGGAAGUGGCACAGCUCUGCUUCACCUACAGUAAACUCUGUAUGAAAGGCACAUCGGUGGAGGGGGUGAAAAAAUAAAGCUAAAAAAAAAAGUCAAUAAUCCACUCUGUGUGGUGGGGAUGCUGUUGUGCCACCUCGUGUGAAGUGGUUUCAUUUCAAGUCCUGUGUAAAUUACUUCUGCAAAUGACAAAGCAGCUCUUCUGUAUGAAAUGUUGUUCUUUUUUGUUAUUUCAUUUAAAAAAUAUAUAUAUUUCCUUUUACGUG